AUGAGUAAACCUCGAUGCUUAAGGGCGAAGGCGCGCCUAGCGAAAUGUGAAGCGAAACUCAAGGCCUACGCGGAUGGAAGGCGUUGUAAGAUGCAGGAGCAGGCGGGAAUCAAGGUGGAAAUGAACGGCGAAGCUCCCACAGGCUUCCUCUCUUCCAGGGUAAAGGCGCGGAAGGCUAAGACACGGCUGGCAAACAUUCUCUACCAGGGGUCCCGGUAUGAAGGGGCUAAGGAGGCGCUGAAAGCUGCGUCGGACUUCUACACAAACUUGUUUGCAGCGGGCGGGAACUCACAGCUGGACUGGGAGGUGGACAAGUGUCUCUCUCAGGAGGACGCGGCGGCGCUCAGUGCACCUUGGGAUGAGGCGGAGGUCAAACGCGCGCUGGCAGAAAUGGCGUCGGGCAAGACGCCGGGGCGUGAUGGCCUCCCGAAAGAACUCUGGGAGUCACAAUGGGAUCUGCUGGGGGGGCAGCUGAUGCGGUUUCUGAAGGACUUUGAGCGGACGGGGGUACUCUCCAGGGAGUUUUCAACUGCUGUGACUGUGCUUCUGCAUAAGAAAGGUGCCAAAGAUGACCUGCAGAACUAUCGCCCGAUUACACUGUUAAGCACAGUAUACAAGCUGAUUGCGAAGUUACUAGCAAACCGGAUAAAAAGCAAGCUGGAAAGCGUGGUGUCGACUGGGCAGUUUGGCUUCUUACCGGGAAGGAGCAUCGCUGGCGCGGUGGCGGUUGCAGCAGAUGUGAUUGAUGCCGCGAAUGCGGGAAAAGAAGACUUGCUGAUGCUCUUGGUUGACUUCCGAAAAGCCUUUGACUCGGUGGCGCGGGGGUAUCUGUUUGACGUGCUGCGGAAGAUGGGCUUCCCGGAGGCCUACGUGAAGUGGGUAGAAGGGCUGCAUCACGGCGCAGCAACUCGUAUCUGCAAUGACGGAUGGCUGGGUGAGGAGGUCCCGGUCUUGACUGGGGAGAGGCAAGGCUGCCCUCUCGCGCCGUACUUGUUCCUGUGCGCAGUGGAGCCGUUCUGCCAGGAGGCAAGGAGGAGAUGGUUAGGAAUCAAGAUUAAAGACGCGGGGAGGCUGACUUACCUGGGGUACGCUGAUGAUACUACCCUGCUACUCGACGGUCGUUCGCAGCUGGGAGACGCGGAGCUGCUGCUGAAGGAGUUUGAGCGGAUGUCGGGGCUAGCAGUUAAUUGGGACAAGUCGGUGGUGUUGCCGCUGGGGAGUCAGCGUGAUGAACCACCGCCAGCAGACGGGACCUUCAAGUGGGCAUCGCGGGAUGACCCGGAGCGCCUGCUAGGGGCUGGAUCACACCGGGAGGAGAUGCAAAGCCGUCUCAACGCGUACGUCAUGCCCGUAGCGUUAUUCCAGGCCCAAAUCUAUCCCCCGCCGAACACGAUUUGGGAGGAGCUGAGGAGAUUGUGUCAUGCCUUUGUCUCCGGCGGGCGGGCGAGCUCGGAGCCUGGCUUCAUCCUCUGGAACGGGGACCUCAUGCAACUCAAAAGGGAAGAAGGGGGACUCGGAGUGAUAAACUUGAAAGACCGGCUGGACGCAGAGGCACUUCACUCGCUGGCGCAGCUGCUCACGGAGGAAAUGCCACAGCGGCGGUUGUUGGCAGAGCGUGCGGCAAACCUCCCGCUCGGCUACGCCUCAAUCCUUGCGCAUGAGGCGCUGCUGAAAGCGUGGGGCACAGGAAGUGAGCGGUGGAAGGCAAUUACGGCGGCGGCAAUGGCGUCGCCAGCUAUCAAGAACCUGGCGGUGGGGAACAGAUGGGACAUUGAGAUGGAACGGGUGCUCUUCAAUAGACACAUCCUUCGUGAAGGCAGUUACCCCUUCGGACGGCGCAAAGGCGACGAAUGUCUGCACAUCAUCAUGGUGGGGGAUCUGCUCAUGAAGUGGGCGGAUGGCACCAGAAGUUGGAAGUCGCCAGAACUGCUGGCGCGAGACCUGGGCAGCAAGCAGGCAGCGGAAAUAGCGACGGCGAUCAGGGAGGCAUUAAGCGAUGAGUGGAAGGAGCGUAUCCUGAAACCGCUCACAACGGAGGAAUUGGCGGAAGCUACGACGGAGGUGAGAACGACGGUGAGGGGGAUGAAGAUGUGGCAGAUUCGCAGCGCCCGCGGCAGCCUUCUUUACUGUGUAAAGAUGAGUCUACGCGGCGAUGGGAAGACGUGGGUCGUGCCUGAGGGAGCGAAGGUUAAGGCACUAUCCAUGUCGGAGGUUACGCCGAUGGCGAUGAUGGGAGACGAGGUGAUUGGGGAGCUGGGCGUGGCGCGCAGCAGACUACUAAAAUCAGAGCUGUGCGAGGGCAAGACAGCAGCCUCACUGAAGCAGCUGAGAGUAGGACUGGGGGUGGGGCGUAAGCAGUCGGACAAGCUGCCUCGCCGUGCAGAGUGGGAGCAGUUGUGGGGGAAGAAGAUUGAUUGGGGGCGGGCGAUUGCGCGCAGGGACUCCCAUGUGGUUCCCGCAAGGGCGCGGGAUGUCCUGCUGCGCGCACACUGCUUCAACUUGCAAGUGGGGGACAGUUUGAAAUUCCUGGGCAUCAAGCGGAGGAAGGCGUGGAUCAAGAAGAGGCACGUGGCCAAGAAGCAUCUGGCCAAUGACGAAGUUGCAGCGUUGGAGAACGCCAGCACGAGGGUGGCCAGUAAGCUAACGCUCUUUGCUCACUUCCUCGCCACUGAUGCCAUGCCCUGGGCGCUUCUCUCUUACAUUCGCCUCACAGAGGAAGACACCUCUUCCUCGUCCCGCAUUUUCAUCAAGAUCAUGUUCCAGAGCGGUGCCACAGUGGGCUCUUUGCUCACAGAGUGGUGCCACAGUGGGCUCUUUGCUCACAGAGCGGUGCCACAGUGGGCUCUUUGCUCACAGAGCGGUGCCACAGUGGGCUCUUUGCUCACAGAGCGGUGCCACAGUGGGCUCUUUGCUCACAGAGCGGUGCCACAGUGGGCUCUUUGCUCACAGAGCGGUGCCACAGUGGGCUCUUUGCUCACAGAGCGGUGCCACAGUGGGCUCUUUGCUCACAGAGCGGUGCCACAGUGGGCUCUUUGCUCACAGAGCGGUGCCACAGUGGGCUCUUUGCUCACAGAGUGGUGCCACAGUGGGCUCUUUGCUCACAGAGUGGUGCCACAGUGGGCUCUUUGCUCACAGAGUGGUGCCACAGUGGGCUCUUUGCUCACAGAGCGGUGCCCCAGUGGGCUCGUUGCUCACUUCCUCGCCACCGACUCCAUGCCGUUGGCGAUGCGCUCUUGUAUUCGCCUCCAUGGGGAAGACACCCCCAGCACCGCCUCACACCCCACCUCCAAACUUU